AGACGGGAAAUUCAGACAGGGAAAUAGGAAUUACUUGCGAGAAACGAAAGGAUCAAAUAAAUAGUAAACUAAUUCAAAACACGAACAGAGAGCCCCAGAGAGAGAGAGAGAGGGAGAGAGAGAAUGGUGUUGUGGGAGAUCACGUUGGCUACUGCGUAUUUCUUGGGUCUGAAGCGAACGUACAGGCUCGCUCUGAAGAUUCAACGCAAGGUCAUCAGCCCUAAGCACCCUAAGAUCCGCCAGUUUCUUCACAGACGAACACGCGCUGUGUUUAAUGUAGCAGUCAAGGUUCACCAUAACAUACAAGAGAGGGACAUAGAAGUUGGUCGGAAUGUCGGGAACUGGAUUCUGCGAUGGCUUGACCGAAUGAAACCAUCAGCUCAGAUUCGUGGUCCCUGUCCUGGGGAACCCUCUGAUGGUGCUAGGUCAGGCUUGAGGAUGACAAAGCAGGUGGACAACUCCAAUCUGAAACCUCCUGUUGAGAACCAAACAUCGAGAAAACAGGAUUCUGGAAGGCAUCUGUUUACUUCAUCGAGAAAUAUUUUUCCAAAGCCUUUUCCAACCAUUUCAAUGAUGGUGCGGCUACCAAAGCCAGCUGGGACUAUGACCCAGUGUAGGCACUUCUCUGGGAUGGGAGUUUUAAGAUCAGACUAUUCAAGAGGUUGGUCGGAGGGAGGUCUUCGGAAAGACAUUAUGCAGUGGAUGCUACAAAACUAAAUGUGAAAUCUCUGUUUUUUCAUUUAAAUAAUUAGAGAAGGUUGCUUACAAGGUGAUCAAAACUGUGUUUCUUACAAGAGCAAAAAGACUUACGAACCACAGAAGAGUUGGUUUUGGACCUUUCGUUUCUGAGUUUGAUGGUAGGACAAUGCGAAAAACUGAUGGCUAGAACAAUUUUAUGGUUCAUCGCAGUGAGGAUUUUUUUC